AUGCUUAUUGAAGAAAAAAAAGAAACAAAUACAUAUAUUUCAAAGUAUAAAGAAAGUUUAGAUCAUAGAAAUGAUACAAUAAAAUAUUGGAAAGAAAAUAGUAUUAAAUAUCCAACAUUAUAUUCAAUUGUAAGAAAUGUACUUUCAGUUGCUUCUUCGUCCGUUGAAAUUGAAAGAACAUUUUCGGGUGCUAAAUUGUUGGUUACAGACAACAGAUCAAAUUUGGGUUGGGAAAGAAUAGAACAAUUCAAACUUAGCUAA